AUGUUUGUAGGCGGUACUUCCGCAUUCAGAGUGCAUUUGCGCACCGGUCGGGGCCGACGCUGGCAAAAAGCAGGGCACAUGUUUUUUUCUGCGACGCCCGCGCUGUCGGAAGCGGAGGCGGAGGACCCAGCCUGCUUGCCCACCGGCGCGGCCGCGGGGCCCCCGCAGUGCGCGAGGGGCCACGGUGGCCGAGGCGCGGGCGUCGGCGCAAGGGGUUUGGGGAGCAGGGCGCCAGAGCCGCCGCCGUUGCAGGCGCGCUGGGAUGAAGGCCGCAGGGCUGGGCGCCUGUGCAGGGAGAGCGUCCGGAGAGCAGGUGCUGCUGCGCUGGCCAUUGCAAGUCUGGUGAACCCAGUGAUUGCUUGA